GCGGCGGCGGCGGGGUCACGGCGGCGGCCGGGUCAGAGGGUAAAGGUUGCUCCCCCAGCAUCCUCCGUGCUGGAUACUCAGCCAUCUUGGAUCCGCGGGACAAGAAAAUUCAUGCGGUGACAAACAGCAUGUUUGGUGCUUCAAGGAAGAAGUUUGUAGAGGGGGUUGAUGGUGACUACCAUGAUGAAAACAUGUACUACAGCCAAUCAUCGAUGUUCCCACAUCGGUCAGAAAAAGAUGCAGUGUUGCAGAAGUGGAUCUUAGGAUGGGACUUCAAGAGAAGGAAGAUGCUGGCAUCACCAUCAACAUCAGGUCAGCUGUCUCAGUUUGGGGCAAGUUUAUACGGGCAACAAAGUGCACUAGGCCUUCCAAUGAGGGGAAUGAGCAACAAUACCCCUCAGUUAAAUCGCAGCUUAUCACAAGGCACUCAGUUACCGAGCCACGUAACGCCAACAACAGGGGUACCAACAAUGUCACUUCACACGCCUCCAUCUCCGAGCAGGGGGAUAUUGCCUAUGAAUCCUAGGAAUAUGAUGAACCACUCCCAGGUUGGUCAGGGCAUUGGAAUUCCCAGCAGGACAAACAGCAUGAGCAGUUCAGGGUUAGGCAGCCCCAACAGAAGCUCUCCAAGCAUAAUAUGUAUGCCAAAGCAGCAACCCUCUCGACAACCUUUUACUGUGAACAGUAUGUCUGGAUUUGGGAUGAACAGGAAUCAGGCAUUUGGAAUGAAUAACUCCUUAUCAAGUAACAUUUUUAAUGGAACAGAUGGAAGUGAAAAUGUGACAGGACUGGACCUCUCAGAUUUUCCAGCACUAGCAGACAGAAACAGAAGGGAAGGAAGUGGCAAUCCAACUCCAUUAAUAAACCCUUUAGCUGGAAGGGCUCCCUAUGUUGGGAUGGUAACAAAACCAGCAAGUGAGCAGUCCCAGGACUUUUCAAUACACAAUGAAGAUUUUCCAGCAUUACCAGGCUCCAGCUACAAAGACCCAACAUCAAGUAAUGAUGAUAAUAAAUCUAAUUUGAAUACAUCAGGCAAAACAUCAUCCAGCACAGAUGGGCCCAAGUUUCCUGGAGAUAAAAGUUCAACUACGCAAAACAACAACCAGCAGAAAAAAGGGAUCCAGGUGUUACCUGAUGGUCGGGUUACCAACAUUCCUCAAGGGAUGGUGACGGACCAGUUUGGAAUGAUUGGCUUGUUAACAUUCAUCAGGGCAGCAGAGACAGAUCCAGGAAUGGUACAUCUUGCAUUAGGAAGUGAUUUAACAACACUAGGUCUCAAUCUCAACUCUCCUGAAAAUCUUUAUCCCAAAUUUGCAUCACCUUGGGCAUCAUCACCUUGUCGACCUCAAGACAUAGACUUCCAUGUUCCAUCUGAAUACUUAACUAACAUUCACAUUAGGGAUAAGCUGGCUGCAAUAAAACUCGGCCGAUAUGGAGAAGAUCUCCUGUUUUAUCUCUAUUACAUGAAUGGAGGAGAUGUAUUACAGCUAUUAGCGGCAGUAGAGCUAUUUAACCGGGAUUGGAGAUACCACAAAGAAGAACGAGUAUGGAUCACCAGAGCACCCGGAAUGGAGCCAACAAUGAAAACCAAUACAUACGAGAGGGGAACAUAUUACUUCUUUGACUGUCUUAACUGGAGGAAAGUAGCUAAGUUCAUUAUCUCAGUUUCUGAUGUGCCUGAGAACAGAGAUUGCCUAAAAAAACCUGGUUUGUCUGUGGCAAAGGAGGAGCAGUUUCUCCAUUUCCUGUUUUCUUUGGGAACUAAAAGGAGCUUCCUGCUUGCAUCACAAGUUUUAUUAAUAUUGAAAGCUUUUCUUUCAAGUACAAUGUUCUAGAAUAAAAAUAACUAUUUGUCAUUUUAAAAAUUCUGCAUGCAAAUAUUAUUAUUUUCCUUUAGAAAGUCGAGUAGGGAGUUACCACAUCAAUCUUUAGAUUUAGAACAGGUGGUUAGGGUGGGAGGAGUUGGCUUGGGUUGGUUUCUUUUUGUUGUUGUUGUUUUCUAAUUAUUGUCUUAUUGAGCAUAAUGUAGGAGUUCAGUGCUCUGUUGUUUGAAUGUUUGAGUACUUCAAAAUAGAUUGCUUCUCUUAGGGAGGAGAUAUUUUCAUGAUUGUUUUCUGUAUUCUAGGCCAAGAGGCAUUAAAAAAAAAAAACACAAAAAGAACAACGGUCUUCUCCCUUUCCACUUGUGAUAAUUUGUUCCCUUCUGUUUUGAAUACUGUCAAUACUGGUCAUCCUUUAUUUGCAAUUUGUGGAAUUGUUCUUCUUUUUCUCCACCCUCUUUUCAAAGUAUUUUCAAAAUACUUUUCAAUAUUUUAGUGUCUUUCAGCUUUAAAACCAUUUUGUACAGUGUAUUUUCCUUGAUUAUGAUUAUGAUUUCUUCACCCCAUGAAAGCAAAUGCUUUCUAAUGCAAAGUGCAAAAACAUUUGAAUGAUCAUCAGUGUUGUCAUUCACUAACCUGAAAAAAGGGAUAUGUUCAUCUGACAGUAGCCUGCCGUGUAAAGGAAUGCAUUCAGCUCUAGUUUGAGCUGGAAAAGAUAUGUGUGCAGUAUGCAUGCAACCAUCACACCUAGCCAGAGUCUGAGUUGAAUAAUUUUCAAAAAAAAUCACAGUCCCCAUUUAAUUUUACUUCAUAGAAUCAUAGA